UUAGACCCCUCCUGUCUGCAAGGGCAGCAUAUUCCUCUUGCUAUCAGAGGUGCUUUGUUGCAGCAAAGGGCUUGGCUAUAUCUGUUCCACAAAUUGCCCAUGGCCCCUGGCCCUUUAGCUGGAGAAAAGGAUAUGGUGGAGAGACGCCCUUUUCCGGUGUCCAGGGCUUGACAGGAUAAAAGGAGCCAGUGCUGUGGGCGUCCCUCUAUCAGUUGGUGACUGCUGUUCUCCAACUCUGUCAACUCCCUCUCUCCCAUCAUGAGUCGGCAACUGAGCAUCACGUCUGAUGGUGACAAGGGUGGCUUCAGUGGGUACUCGGCAGUAGUGCUGAGGAAGGCUGUGGGCAGUGUGGCUUCUCACCGCAGAGCUGGCAAAGGAGCUGGGGCCGGCUUCGGAAGUCGGAGCCUCUACAAUCUCAGAGGGGAUCGGUGUAGUUCCCUCCACAUGGCUGGUGGUGAUGUUCAGACCGGAGGUUACAGCUUCUGCCCUGGCUCUGGGUAUGGAAGAGGCCGGGCCCCUGGCUUUGCUGGCAGCAUGUUCAGUAGUGUUGCCCUGGGGCCUGUGUGCCCUUCCAUGUGCCUACCUGGUGGCAUCCACCAAGUCACUGUCAACAAGAGCCUCCUGGCACCCCUCAAUGUGGAGCUGGACCCCAAGAUCCAGAAAGUACGUGCCCAGGAGCGGGAACAGAUCAAGGUGCUGAACAACAAGUUUGCCUCCUUCAUUGAUAAGGUGAGGUUCCUGGAACAGCAGAACCAGGUGCUGGAGACCAAGUGGGAGUUGUUACAGCAGCUGGAUCUGAGCAAUCGUCAGAAGAACCUGGAGCCCAUCCUGGAGGGUUACAUCAGCACCCAGCGGAAGCAUCUGGAGAUGCUGUUAGGGGACAGGGUGAGGCUGGACUCAGAGCUGAAGAGCAUGCAGGUCCUGGUGGAGGACUACAAGAAGAGGUAUGAGGUGGAGAUUAAUCGGUGCACAGCAGCUGAGAAUGAGUUUGUGGUGCUCAAGAAGGAUGCAGAUGCAGCCUACAUGGUCAAGGUGGAGCUCCAGGCCAAAGUGGACUCUCUGGAAAAAGACAUUAGGUUCCUCAAGUGUCUGUAUGAUGAGGAGAUAGCCCAGAUCCAGACUCACGCCAGUGAGACCUCCAUCAUCCUGUCCAUGGACAACAACCGGGACCUGAACUUGGACAGCAUCAUUGCUGAGGUCCGCACCCAGUAUGAAAAGAUUGCCCUGAAGAGCAAAGCCGAGGCUGAGGCCUUGUAUCAGAGCAAGAUCCAGGAGCUGCAGCUGGCAGCGGGACGGCACGGUGAUGACCUUAAGAAGACCAAGAACGAGAUGUCAGAGCUGAACCGGCUUGUGCAGAGGAUCCGCUGUGAGGUUGUCAAUGUGAGGAAGCAGUGUGCCAAUCUGGAGAUGGCCAUUGCCAAUGCUGAGCAGAAGGGGGACAGUGCCCUGAAGGAUGCCUGGGCCAAGCUUGACGAGCUGGAGGCUGCCCUGCACCAGGGCAAGGAGGAGCUGGCCCGGAUGCUUCGUGAGUACCAGGAGCUCAUGAGUCUGAAGCUGGCCCUGGACAUGGAGAUCGCCACCUAUCGCAAGCUGCUGGAGGGCGAGGAGUGCCGAAUGUCUGGUGAGAAUCCAUCCUCUGUCAGCAUCUCUAUCAUCAGCAGUGCAAGCAGCUACCACCUUGGCUCCUCCGCCAGUACCACCCUUGGUGCCAGCAGUGUGGCGGGAAGCUCUGGCAGCACCUGGAGCGAGCAGACCAGGACCAGAGAGGCACCAGGGGCAGACCCCAAGGACUCUCAAGGCAAGAGCGUCCCAGUCAGUACCCCAGCCAGGAAAGACACUCGAUGAGCCACAUGGCCUCUUGCUUCAGCACCUCAGAGAAGAAAUGCCGUUGCCCAUGCCCUGCCUGAAGACAAUUGCCACACCCCCAACUCUCUACAUUAAGACCUAGAACCCUGGGCCAUCAUAUCAUGGCUUGUCUUACCGUCAAAUUCUGAAUAGAACUGUUACCUCCCUGUUUCCUCAGGUCCUAUGUACACUUUGUGACUUCUUGUAUUCUUCGCUGCCUUCAACUGGUGGGGGUCUUAGCUAGAAUUAUCUUCCUGGUCUUAGCUCUGAUCAUCUCUCAGAGAGAGGAGAGUCAGGAGAGGCAUAGGAUGGAGGAGGGGGAGGGAGUGAGAAAGGUCUUUGCAGAACCACUUCAUUAUUUAGGAGAAAAUUUGUAUAGUCUCAGACAGCAGCUGUGCCCAUAGUCACGGGGCCAAGUGAAGGAGAAUUGGGGAUCUUCUGCCACCCACCACCUACCCUCUACCUUUAUUAUCAGUAAUAGCUACUUCCACAUGUCAAGAACCUACUACAUGCCAAGCUCCCUACAUGCCUUUCAUUCUCAUCCCUCUUGCAAGAUGCAAUAAGCAUCCUUGGGACAGAUGAGAAGACUCAUUCUCUGAGAGGCUGCAGAACUUGCCCCCAUCUACUCACUAAGUGUCAGGCUCUGGAGAUGAGCCAGGUCAGGCUGACCUCAGGAUCUGUGUUAUUUCCAUGGCACAACACUGCCUGUUUAACAAAGGGAAUGUCAAAUUCAUUAUUCUUUUUGUUAAGGACUGUGAUUUGUGUUUGGUCUUCUCUCUGGGCUGUCCUACAGUAGUUUCUGACUCAGUUCUUCUUGCUAUGAGUUGUGAGUUGUAAGUUGGCGAGGGAAGCUUGAUCUGUUUCUGAUGGUACCUCCCAACCCAGAAGCUAUGGCCUUUGAUGUAAAUAUGUCUAAGAAUGGCAACACCCAGUUCCUCCUUUGUAUGAGUCAGGGCUCUUGAAUGUCUGCUGUAUAUUCAAUAAAUUGCCCUCGAUUAAUGUCAGAGCUGCACUCCUGCCAGUGUGUCAAUCUCUCCAAAUUGCCCACCCCAUAAUGAUAAUGUACCCCACCUAGCACAUGUGCACAAACCUUCUGGGAGGCUAGAGGCAAACCAGAACAGCCUUCUCUGGAGGUGAGGUCAGGCUGAUAGAAGAUAUAGACGCACAUGCAAAACCACACACUUGUACAAAUCAGGGAAUGGCAGUCCCAUGCAGCAAUGCUGAGAAGUGAUCAGAAUGGAUGAGCUAAGCAAGGAAGACUUCCUGGAGGAAGAGGAGAGUUUAAUCAAAUAACCAAAAAGGUAGACACAUAGAUUCCUGGAGAGAGAACUUACAUUACUCCAUUGCAGUAGGUUUGAGUGUUGUGAGCUUGUUUUGGCGAGGGGUGGGAGGGCUCAGAUUUCUUGAUGUCAGUAAUGGGGUUGAUUGAGUUUCCAAGUUCCUCAGAUUUGGCUGGAAGAAUUCAGCCUGUUAGUCAGCUUUCUUAUUUGUCUAGUGUUAUGAGCAUGCAUGCAGUUGUUGCCCCAACACCGCUCAGGGCAACAGGGAUGGGGCCUAGUAAGCACAAGGCCUCUGGUCCUAAGCUGCUGCCUCCAUUGACUUCAUUGUGCUUUCCAAGUAUUAAGGAGGUCCUCUUCUGUGUGUCCCAGGAUGCAAUGAACCUUGGGAAGGACAAGAUCCCAGGAGUCUGGUGGGCUUUCUGCCCAAAUGCCUCUCUUUGAUGUUUUUGGGUCAUCUCUGUGGGUUUUUAGAACAGUGAGUGUACUGGGAGUUAUGGGGGUUCUAUUGCAAUUUGGCCAC